AUGUCGGCUGGACCCGCUCCCUCGAAGGCGAUGGCGAUCAUCAUGUCGUGCUUCGCCGCCUUUGGUGGCUUCCUUUACGGCUACGACACGGGCAACAUCUCGGGCGUCAAGGAGAUGCCCUACUUCCUCGAGCUCUUCGGAGACGCUACCGGCAACCCCGACAAGCCCUUCGCCCUCCCAUCCGGCCGCGACUCGCUCAUCACCUCGAUCCUGUCGGCCGGCACGUUCGUCGGCGCCCUCCUCGCGUACCCGGUCGGCGACUUCCUCGGCCGUCGCUACGGCAUCAUGGCCUUCCUCGUCCUGUUCACCAUCGGCGUCGCGUGCCAGACUGGCGGCACCACCCUCCCGACGUUCGUCGUCGGCCGCGUCUUUGCCGGUCUCGGCGUCGGCGGCACGUCGUGCCUCGUCCCCAUGUACCAGAGCGAGUGCGCGCCCAAGGCCAUCCGCGGCGCCAUCGUCGGCGCGUACCAGUGGAUGAUCACUAUCGGUCUCCUCAUCGCCGCCGUCGUCGUCGACCAGACCAAGACGCGCAACGACCUCGGCUCGUACGCCAUCCCCAUCGGCAUCCAGUUCGCGUGGGCCCUCAUCCUUGCCACCGGUCUCGCCCUCCUCCCCGAGUCGCCCCGCUUCCUCAUUGCUGCCGGCAAGGACGAGGCCGCACAGCGCUCGCUCGCCCGCAUCCUCGCCGCCGACCCCGACUCGGACGUCGUCGCGUCCGAGUACGCCGAGAUCGCCGCCUCGGUCCACCACGUUCGCUCGCUCGGCUCGACGACGUACCUCGACUGCUUCAAGAACACGAACCGCAACCGCCUGCGCACGUUCAUCGGUAUCGCGCUCCAGGCGCUCCAGCAGCUCGUCGGCAUCAACUUUAUCUUCUACUACGGCACGACCUUCUUCCAGAACUCGGGCAUCAACAACCCGUUCCUGAUCACGAUCGCCACCAAUGUCGUCAACGUCGGUGCCACCGUCCCGGGUCUCUGGCUCACCGACAAGGCCGGCCGUCGCACCAUGCUCCUCGUCGGCGCUGUCGGCAUGGCUGUCUGCCACUUCAUCGUCGCCAUCAUCGGCACCGCGCUCCCGCAGUCGAACGAGGCCGGCCAGAAGGUCCUCAUUGCCUUCGUGUGCAUAUUCAUUGCAUUCUUCGCUGCCACCUGGGGCCCGAUCGCCUGGGUCGUCACCGGUGAGAUCUACCCGACUGCGACUCGCGGCAAGCAGAUGUCGAUGUCGACCGCGUCCAACUGGCUGUUCAACUUUGGCAUCGGCUACGCGACGCCGUACAUGGUCGACGACAAGCCCGGCUCGGCCGGCCUCGGCUCCAAGGUCUUCUUCAUCUGGGGCGGCGUCUCGGUCCUCGCCGCCUUCUUCGUCUUCUUCUUCGUCCCCGAGACCAAGGGCCUCUCGCUCGAGCAGGUCGACAUCCUGUUCCGCGCCAACGUCAACGCCGCUCGCUCGGGCAAGAUCCGCCGCGAGAUCCUCGAGUCGAACACGCACGACUCGGACACGGACGCGUACAAGACGGCUUUCAAGGAGGGUGGCGCCAAGAACCACGGCACGACCGAGAUGAACGAGGACGCCAAGAUGAGGGAUCUGGCGUGA